AUGUCAUCUCUCUUCAAAUAUUCUGCGGUUCUGCGGACCAUCAAGGCACAUGAGCACUAUCACAGAUUGAAGAGAGAGAAGAAGAAGAUUGACCUGGCUGAGAGGAAGCAGCAGAAACCCUUCUCUGAGAAGGCAGCAGAGAGAGAUUUUGAGAUGAUUAUCAUCUCAGAUAAGAAGAAGAAGAAGAAGAAUAAGAAUAAGAAGUGA